CUGUCCUCCCCACUGGCUCUACAGCCACUUCUGUAUUUUGGACUUUCAGUGUCAGUCACAUUGUUUGAACUAGAUAGAGGAGGAGAGACUGGCCAGAGACCCCUGACACAACAGCACAAAGCCGAUCACUUUAACAAAAUGAGUAACAGUCCUCUUCUUGUGAAUGUGGAAAACUGGAUUGCAGAGAACCAGAAUGCUUUUCUGCCGCCAGUGUGCAACAAGCUCAUGCACUUUCUUCAGCUGAAUAUCAUGUUUGUCGGAGGUCCAAACAGCAGGAAGGAUUAUCACAUAGAAGAAGGGGAGGAGUUGUUCUACCAGCUGAAGGGAGACAUGUGUCUGAAAGUGAUUGAAAACGGCAAACACAAGGAUGUGCACAUCAGAGAGGGAGAGAUGUUCCUGCUGCCGGCUCGGAUACCCCACUCCCCACAGAGACAGGCCAACACUGUGGGGCUGGUGGUGGAGAGGAGACGACUGCUGAAUGAGACUGACUGCCUGAGGUACCAUGUGGACAACACCACUGACAUCCUGUUUGAGAAAUGGUUUCACUGUCAGAAUCUUGGAACCCAACUGGUGCCAAUAAUUAAAGAAUUCUUUUCAACAAAGCAGUGCAAAACAGGAAAACCUGAUCCGGAUGAAGUCUUCAGGACGCCUCCCUUCCAGAUGAACACCAUGAGCGUGAUGUCGCCUUUCUGCUUCAAAGACUGGCUGGACAAGCAGAGGCCGUCGCUGGCCAGUGGCAGGCCCGUCGACAUGUUCGGAGCUCAGUUUGAGACAGAGGUGAUGGUGUUUGGACCUGGUCUGACAGAGACAACAGUACCACAGAGUGACGUGUGGAUUUGGCAGAUGGAAGGAUCCUCUAAAGUGACCAUGAAUGACCAGGAGUCAACUCUUUCCGCAGGAGACAGUUUCAUUAUUCCUGAACAGAGCCAGUACCAGUGGCAGAGAGAGAACGGGACUGUUGCCCUGUUUGUGGUUCAAAACCCUGAGCGGAAGAGACCAUGACCUGCCAAUUCACAAAACACCCAUUACACAUGAGACUUCACAUGAGGAGAGCAAAACCCUCAUUCAUUAUAAAUACAUGUGAUUGGAAAUGGACAACUAGAUCUUUCAGUGUAAGUGCAGUAAUGAAAAGUAGAUUGUGUAACUUCAUGUUCAACCAUGUAAAUUGUCAUGUAAAUUAUUGAAUCUAACUGUCCUCUACAAUAAAAUGUGACAGACCCUUCUGUCCUGACAUAGCUUUGCUCAAAGUUCAGUUGGAUUGACCUGAAAAACAUCAUUUUAUAAAUUCUACUUAAUGUUUGCGUCUGCCUGAUAUCAGGCAAUGCUAGUUAGUUUGAAGCUAAACGUCCUUGUGAUAAUUUGAUGUUCUGCCAGUGUCUAUACACUCAGGAGAGAGGGGGGCAUUUUGCCCAUCCUCUGAGCAAUGUCUGAGCACUGGACACGUCCUGCCUGCAUGAUAUUGAAGGAUGACGUGCGUAAAAGCUGGCACAUCCCACCCGCCAUUUGUCAGAUCCUUGAUAACUGCAGUGGUGCUGAGGAUUCUGCCCCGCUUGGCCAAGUGUUUGCUUAGUAACUCUGUUUGUGUUCAAAUCUAUUCUCUGUAAAUUGUUUUUCUACCAUUAAUUAAAUACUUUGAUAUCGUUUAA